CUGGGGAGACCAAAUAUAGUGAAUGCAGGGUCCGGGGAGACCAAAUAUAGUGAAUGCAGGGUCCUGGAGAGUGGAUAUAGUGAAUGCAGGGUCCGGGGAGACCAGAUAUAGUGAAUGCAGGGUCCGGGGAGACCAGAUAUAGUGAAUGCGGGGUCCGGGGAGACCAGAUAUAGUGAAUGCCGGGGUCCGGGGAGACCAGAUAUAGUGAAUGCAGGGUCCUGGGAGACCGGAUAUAGUGAAUGCAGGGUCCGGGGAGAGCGGAUAUAGUGAAUGCGGGGUCCGGGGAGAGCGGAUAUAGUGAAUGCAGGGUCCGGGGAGAGCGGAUAUAGUGAAUGCAGGGUCCGGGGAGAGCGGAUAUAGUGAA